AGUCGUGCAAUAAAAAAGAAUCCAGAUGUUUUGGGCGAGACAAGCGUUUGGUCAUUAUUGAAGAACGACUUCUGGGGAACACCUCUGACCCAUAGUGGCUCCCACAAAUCAUACAGACCUCUCUGCACUUUGACCUUUAGGUUGAACCACAACAUCUCGGGUCUCAAUCCAAUUGGUUUCCAUUCGUUCAAUAUCAUCUUGCACUGCCUCACGACAGCCCUCUACGCUAAAACUAUAAAAAAAUUGAUGACGUCGAGUCGAUUGACAAUGCUGGCCGGGUUGAUGUUUGCGUCCCAUCCUGUGCACACUGAAGCAGUCAGUGGAAUUGUUGGCAGGGCAGAUGUUCUUUCUUGUUUCUUCUUCUUGCUCGCGUUCAAUUUCUAUAUAAGUUAUUGCCAGACGAGACAGGCAAGGCAAACACGGUGGAAGAACAAUGCAUCAACCGUCUGCUCAUUAAAAGACAAGGAACAAGGAGUUACUGUGGUCCCUGUCUGCUUUGCAUACGAUAUUUUUCUACAUCAGAAAUUAAAAUUUUCCCAACUUUUUGCAUUUAAAAGGAAAAAUGUCAACUGGACUUUGAUCCGAUCCAUCCUACUAAAUAUGCUCACUCUCCUUUUCAUGGUCACUUUCAGAAUGUUGGUCAUCGGAAUGAAAUUUCCAGAAUUUUCGGCGUCUGACAAUCCAGCGGCCGACAGUGACGACCUGCUGACGCGAACGUUGACGUUUCUGUAUCUACCGGUAUUUAAUUUUAUGAUGCUGAUGUAUCCGUGGCAGCUGAGCUUCGACUGGUCCAUGGAUGCCAUUCAAUUAAUCGAAUCUUAUUCCGAUCCUAGAAACAUUUUAACUCUCACAUUUUAUUCCUGUUUAAUAUUUACCCUGUACUACAUUUUGAAAAAUGUGAACGUCAAGAAUGAACGAAGCUUGGUGUCAACGUGCAACGGGACCCAGCGUCAUGCUUCGCUUCACGAACCAACCAGACAUAAAACUUUCCAUACGAGACAACGCAACCAUUCAAAUGUGUCUGGAUGUGUGACGUUUUGUGAUGUUGGUCACAAAACGAAGAUACCUGUGGAACAACAUGUUUAUUUUGUAAUGGCCUUGUCUCUUCUUAUUUUUCCGUACAUCCCUGCGUCCAACUUAUUUUUCUACGUUGGGUUUGUUGUGGCAGAGAGAGUUCUCUACAUGCCUAGCCUGGGAUACUGCUUGUUGUUUGCCCUGAUCGUUGAAUAUUUACUCCUUCUCGUCGAAAGAACUGCUGAUCGUAAGCUCAGAAAAAUGAUAAUUUAUGCGUUUGUGCUUACAAUGUUGGCGACAUUUUGCUUGAAGACUUUGAAGAGGAAUGAAGAUUGGUUGACAGAAGAAGCCUUAUACAGAGCGGGCAUUCAAGUCAAUCCCGCCAAAGCUUGGGGCAACCUCGCCAACGUUUUGAACGGCCAGGGACGAGCUGAAGAAGCAGAGAGAGCCUACAAGACGGCGCUGCUGCACCGGAGUAACAUGGCCGACGUGCACUACAACCUAGGCAUUUUGUACCAGGAACAGAAGCGGUACAUGGAAGCAAAGAAAAGUUACGAGAUGGCCAUACAGUGCCGACCCAAGCUAACAAUGGCCCAUUUAAAUCUGGGCAUCAUUAUGACGACUCUAGGAAAAUUCAAGGAGGCUGAACAGGUCUACAGACACUGCAGUGAGAUUGACACGUACGGCCUGAAGGACCCCCGCCUGCACGAGCAGACGAAGAUAUCUGCCCUCUACAACCUCGGCAGACUGCUUGCCGACCAAGAGAGGCAUCAGGUGAAUAGGAUGAUGAUGAUGAUGAUGUGGUGA